AUGAUCAAGGAAAAAGUUGCAAUUAAUGUGCAACGGGAGUUCGAGAAGCGUGAUGCCAAAGAUAAUGGCAAGAAAACUGAAGAUGAAAAGGAAGUAGAAGUGACCGGGGAAAGAACUUACAAGAAGAAAUUCACCUUCCGAGACUUUGAAGUGUGCCACCCACCGGAGUAUCACGGUGACUGUGAUCCCAUCGUGUGUACCUGGUGGAUAUCUGAGAUCGAGGGGGCAUUCCGUACUAGUCAAUGUCCCUCUCAUUUGAAAGUGGUAUUCGCGGUUGGGAUGUUAAGAAAUAGUGGAAAGAGGUGGUGGGAUGGCUUGUUGACAAUCAAGAAGGUGGCCUUGGAUAACGUAGAGUGGCCCGAGUUUAAAGAAAUGUUCUUCAAGGAAUUUUGGUCGGAAGCCGAAGUAACAAAGAUUAGAAGCGAAUUUCUCAACGAUUGUCAAGGUACCAUGAGCUUGAACGAAUUCCGAGCCCAAUUCUUGGACAAGGCUCAAUUUUGUCCGGAUUUUCUAAAGAAUGAUCAAUUGCUCAAAGAGCAAUUUUACUUGAAGUUGAAAAAGAGCCUACGAGAGAAGAUUAGCCUACGCCAAAUGGAGUCUUUCUCCAUGUUGGCGGAUGUGGCUAGGGACCACGAGAUUGAGAUGGUUAGGGUGGAUGAAGGCGAGUUAAAAAGGAAGCACGAAGAUGUGAAUUCCCCCAACAAACGGUUCAAACAAGAGGGUAGUUCCGGUAACAACUCUCAUAGAAGAAACAUUCCCUUUUGCCGUCAAUGCAAGAGGAAUCACUCAGGGGCAUGUAAGGCGACAGAUAGAGGUUGUUAUACUUGUGGGAAGCCGGGGCACACUAGUCGGGAGUGCCGGUCAAAGCCCCAAAAGCCCGUUUAUUGUUUCAAAUGUUUUGAAGAGGGCCACAUGAGAAACUCGUGUCCUAAAUUGACCGAGGAAGAAAGACUUGAGGAAAGGAGGAAAGAAGCGGAAAGGAAGAAUGAUCAAGCUCACAGAAAUCCACGGUGGAACAACUAA